GCCGACCUCGUCAUCGAGUCUUUGGAGCUCCAAAUGCGCACAGACCCAGUGUAUUCCGUGUCCAUCUGCUGCCAGGUUGGGGCGCUGGCGGAGGUUCUGGACAUCUCCCGCAACCUCUUCUCCAAUUUUCGGGUUCGUGCCGUUCUGCACCGCAACCCCGUGGCAUGGGACUUAGAGGUCGUUCAGUCGGACGGGCUUGCCUAUGCUGCCAUCCAGAGCCAGCAGCCUCCAGGUGGCACCAGUGUCACCUCAUCCAGUUCCCAAAGACUCUUGCGAAGGAGGUCUGGCAGAGCUUGUUGCGGAGACGAGGGCUGCAACGCUCCGCAAGCUCGAGAUGAUGGCCUGAAU